AUGACUGAGCAUCUUAUUCCCUGGCUGAAUGGCCGACUGGAUCUUCGCCAGGCAUACACGUUCGACCGUAACAAUAUCAUUGCGAUGUUGCAAAACAUCGUACUUUCCCCUGUUGUAUACGGCGUUAUCCCGCAGAAUGUAACCAGACUGAUAUCGAUACACCAGGACAUCACUCGUCUUCGAUGCCCGGAUGGCCAAGAUUACCUCGCCCCGGCACCACCGCAGAGUAUCGACCGCCAACUUCAUCCCCGUUGGCCUAGAGGGAUCGCAAGGUUCCAACUUAGAAGGUCGACCUAUGAUGGAGUCGAAUACUGGGCACUCCCAGACCUCCUUGGGCUCUUUUUGAGCUCUUUGGGUCCAGCUCCAAUGGGGGCGACUAAGCGGAACUUUUACCUCCCGGUCACGGCUGUCUAUGGACAGUGGUGUACCAAGCUUCUUACGGGGGGGGAUGCCAAGGGUAUACCAGUGUUCUUGGACAGAUGGGAGGGAGUUCUCUCUUGGUGCUCCAGAGGAGGCUUUGCUGUCCAGGAAGGGAUAGGGUCCUGGCCGGCCGUCUUAGAUCGUGCUAGGUACGGCAUUAUAAGGUCUCCAGAGCUACAGAUCACUUGGUCGCAGACGUGGACUCCUACUCUCCAGAGAUUAGGGGGACACGGGUGGCCUUUUGGUCGUUGCGCUGAGACCUACCCAUUUUGCAAACUUCUCAUGGAUAAAACCAGAGAAGAGGCAGGGCGGGUGUAUGGGUUGGCUUUGUGCGACAAAUACAUAGGGACCGCACCUGUUUACGUUGAUCGGCUGUCUGGAAGGAUCUGGUGCCACGUAGCCAUGAAAGAGGAUAGGGGAAGGUAG